AUGGCUCAGGCAGCUUCUAAAACGUGUGAGAUUUGUGUAAGGGCUUCUGGAUCGCAUUACUGCUUAGAGUGUGAACAGUACUUUUGUAACAAUUGUAAAGGCUUUCAUAAACGACAGAGAGUGACAAAGAACCACCAGUUUCAGUCUUCCUCUGAUGUUAUACCGGAAGAUAAAUCAAAAUGUAAAGACCACAAUGAAGACGUAAGUUUUGUAUGUAAUACCUGUAACGUAGCGGUAUGUAGCAGUUGUGUGACUGGCAGUCACUUAGGGCACGCCUUUUCCAAACUUCUCGACAGCAUAUCACAGCUAAAGCAGACGAAUACAACAGACCUGCGUAGUAAGGUAUAUAAGGCAACCCAAAACAUGAAGCAGAUAGAAGAAGGUCUGAAGGCAUUUGAUGUGAAGGUGGGAGGAAUAGUCAAAGCUAUUACAGAAGAAGGUACAAAGAUAAAGACCAUGGUUGAUAAAUGUAUCUCAGAGAAGAUUGCAUCGGUCAAGGAUCAAUCCAGGAAGGAAAGGAACAAAUUAACUAAGCUAUUGGAAGAUACUCAAUUGGAUUUGAAGGCAGGACGCGACUUAGACAAGAAAAUACAUGAACUCAACAAGACACGAAACGAUCGAAAAUUGUUACAGUCUUUACAGAAGCAUACAGACGACAUCGCAAAGCUGACAGUUAAGCCUAUACCUGAAUUUCCGAAAAUACAGUAA